GCUUGAGUGGCCACAAUUGUUGUGUAUUUGACUAAUCCUUGCAAAUUGUGACUGUAAGAAAUGAACACUGAUAAACUCGGUGGCUACAAUUGUUGUGUUCUUCUGGAAUAGAACCCUGGGCAUAUGUGAUAUUCCAUCACACCUUAGGGCCUCAACCACGACGCCACAACCCUUGUGGUUAACUCUUUGGGUCUUUUUAUGUAGAUUUCUAGAUUUCGGUUUCCUAUAAAUUUGAAGUCUUAAAAACUCACAGAACACUGAAUUUAUGAUGUGUUUUUAGUUGAAGUAAUUGUUAGCUGAUAAUCAAGAAAGGAGCUUUUGGCUUUUGAUGGGUGGAUUUGAUGACCAUGGUGGGAUAAUUGGAGAUUGGAUGCCUCCUAGUUCUAGCCCACGAUCUUUCUUUGCGGCUAUGUUGGGUGAUGAUUCUGGUUCAAGAACCGUAUCCGAGCCUCCUCCGAAGCCUGAUAACAACAAUGAUAGUGGGUUUACUUUUCCUGGACCAGAUAGGCAAGGUGGGUCUGAAAAUGGUGACGGAAAUCAAAGAGGACUAACCGUUGAUCAAGCAACGAAAAAGGGUGAAUUUGGUGAGCAAAGAAUGAGCUCGAGGGCAGGUCUUGUUGAACGGAUGGCAGCUAGAGCUGGUCAUAAUGCUCCUAGAUUGAAUACUGAUAUCAUCAAACCUGCAGAUUCUUUGCAAAAUCAACAAGUUCGAUCGCCUUACUUGACUAUUCCUCCUGGUCUCAGCCCAACUUCUCUUCUAGAUUCUCCUGUUUUCUUGUCGAAUUCAUUGGUUCAACCAUCUCCGACAACUGGGAAAUUCCAAUUUGCGCCCAACGGUAAUGGUAAAAGCUCCAUGAUGUUUUUGGACUCUUCUAACAGGAAUAAAGAUAAUUUCUUUGAGGACCCAAAUAACUCAUCUUUUGCCUUCAAACCAUUCCCAGAUCAUGUUAAUCCACCCUUCAUGUCUACACAAUCUUUUCAAACUAAUGAAGCUUUAGUUCAACCCGAGAAACAAUUCCCACCUCAAAAGAUCGAAGUGGCCCAAAAUGAAACAUCUUCACUCCAUAUUCGUGCAGACUUCCCAAGAUCGUCUACUGAAAAGAAACCCGAAGCCAACUUCUUGACUCCAUUUGAAUCUUUUAAUGGCAAUUCUGAAAGAAACGUGCAGCGUCUUGAAGAUCAUGAUGAUGAUGAUGCUGACCAAAGAAUAAGUGGAGAUAAUGCUAAUAAUGCUAUAAGUGCUUCAUCCGAAGAUGGAUAUAAUUGGCGGAAAUAUGGACAGAAACAAGUUAAGGGUAGUGAGUAUCCUCGAAGCUAUUACAAAUGCACUCAUCCAAAUUGUCUCGUGAAGAAGAAAGUGGAGCGUUCUCACGAAGGUCAUAUUACCGAGAUUAUCUACAAGGGGGCCCACAAUCAUCCGAAACUUGCUCCUAAUCGGAGAUCCGGCAUUGGAUCGUCAAUUGCGUUAAGUGAUAUGCAAAGUGCGAUAAAUGAGCAAGGUGGGAACGGUGUCGAUGGAGGUCCUUCGUGGGGAACAAAUAUGCAAAAAGGUAAUGGCCAUUGGAGUCAAGAAAGUAGUAAUCUUGAGGUUACAUCUUCGGGGUUGGUUAUGCAGGGUCAAAAUGGUCAAUUUGAAUCUAGUGAAGCUGUGGAUGGUUCAUCCACUUUUUCGAAUGAUGAAGAAGAAGAUGAUCGUGCGACACAUGGCAGUGUAUCAUUGGCUUAUGAUGGCGAGGGAGAUGAAUCUGAGUCGAAAAGAAGAAAAGUUGAAGCUUAUGCAGCCGAUGUAAGUGGGGCCACCCGAGCGAUUAGAGAGCCGAGAGUUGUUGUGCAAACUACGAGUGAGGUGGACAUUCUUGAUGACGGGUAUCGCUGGCGCAAGUAUGGGCAGAAAGUCGUGAAAGGAAAUCCAAAUCCGAGGAGUUACUACAAGUGCACGAGCACCGGCUGCACCGUGAGGAAACAUGUUGAAAGGGCUUCACACGACCUCAAAUCCGUGAUCACAACCUACGAAGGGAAACACAACCACGAUGUCCCAGCUGCCCGUAACAGCAGUCACGCUAACAACACCAUGGCUGCACAAGCUCUAUCGAUUCACCCUCAGGUUCACAUGCCCGAACCAUCUCGAAUCCAAAACACCAUGGCUAGGUUCGAUAGGCCUCCCUUUGGCUUACCCGGUGGUCCGCAACUGGGUCCAACUCCAACCCAUGGCUAUGGUUUCGCAAUGAGCCAACAAGGACCAGGUGGGCUAGCCCAUAUGGCUAUGGCUAACCAUGGGAAAAUGCCUGUUCUCCCUGUUCAUCAUUACUUAGGACAGCCUCGCCAAAUGAACGAAAUGGGUUUCGUGUUGCCAAAAGGUGAACCGAAGGUGGAGCCCAUGUCGGACCCGGGUCUAAACGGUGCACCGAUGUACCAUCAGAUGAUGAACAGGUUACCGCUCGGGCCGCAGAUGUGAAGUUUGGCCAAGAUGAUGGAUUCACUCUUUAAGGUUUUUUUGGGAAGAGUAGAAAUAUCUAAACUUGAUAUUUAUAUUAUCCUUUUUGUUGUUGUUAACAACUUCUAGGGGUUUUCUUGAUUUUAAGUACUUAUUUUCAAGAUUCUGAAACUACAUUGGGAGAAGGUUUUAUCCUCUAUACAUCAAAUUCUUUUUUGCUAGUUUUCU